GGAAUGUAAGUGAUCAUUAGCUGUAUGGAGUAAGUGAUAAGCAUGGAAUCGACAUGACCUUUAAUCGAUACGUGAAUUUUGCAAAUAGAGCCCGCCAUUUACGCUGCAAUAGACUGCAGGCCAGCCCCAAUGAGCAGCAAUAUUUCGAUGAUCUUGUGGUUCCUGCUUUUGAGGGUGCGUUUGCCCUGUCUAACUUUGCGGUUCGACGAUUUGAGGUACCCGUGUACGGUUCUAGUGGUCGCCGAAAUGCCGGUAAGGAUCUCUUAUUUGAGCGACAGGCGCAAGGUCACCAAGCAGAUGCAGUUGUGGAGACAGCCGAAGCUUUACAGCUUGUCAUUGUCAAGUGUUCAAAGAUGUCUGAGAAUACAAGUGAUAAGGAAGCUAGGGAUCAUUAUAAACCUGCACGAAAUCUCAAGGAUACCUGGACACGCAUCUUGAAGGAGACCGUCAAGGACUGCAAGCAGCCUCGGCCCUUCGCUAUAUUCAGCCUCCAGGUGUACGAGUCGGAUAUGACAUUUCUGGCAAUGGAUUUCCGUGGAUGUUAUCGGCUCUAUGAACUGGCCACUGUCAGAAUCCCAAACUCUUGCACGUCGAUCAAGAAGUACCUUGGCCUCAUGCUGAAAACCUGCGUUAGCUUUGCUGGACUGGUGAAAGCGCAUCAUAGGAGCCUGGACCAGUUGACAGAUUUGAGCUAUGGGGAACGACGUGCAUUUGGCUUAGCUCUUCGCAGCAUCGAAGUCACUUCCGUUUCCCCUACAAAGAUUUCUAAAGCAGGGAAACGAAAGCGUAUGGAGGACGAUGGAAUAUGAUUCGCGCGCGGGAACUGAAUACGGGAUGAGGACCAUGUGGCAGCCUGACUUUAUCCAAAGAACGCCAUCGACGUGUUGGAACAAUAGACUGUACAUAACUUUCAAGAACCAAUUUCUGUCCUAAGGUAUAUUCUUUCUUUUCGCUCUGAAAGCUAUGGUGUGCAUUGCUGAUCUAUGCGAGUUUAUCGUCAAACGUCAAGCUUUAUGCUACUGCAGCACAGGAGAAGAUUUAUCUUAGGCUAGCUUCUCAGUAAACGUUACACUGGACUCCCAACAUCUUUGACAGGUCGAUAUCGAGC